GCAGGCCAAAUGGCCAUACGGCGAAAGCGCUAAAGGCCAAAAAGUACACCGCACGGGCACCCCCUGUUCAUUUCCACUGCCCGGCCUGCUGUCCUGCUGCCCGCUAUAUCCUCAAAAGUCCUCCUUUACCAAAUGUUGUACCAUUGCUUUGCUAUGAUCAAUACGAAGGAAAAAUAUUGUAGCACUGCGCAGCUGUUUUAGUUUAUUUCUUAACAAUAGCUGUGGAACUUUGUACAAGAGCAGCAACCUUAGCAGAUGUUACCCAGCAACGGAUUUUCUAAAAUGGAGGGGCCGACAGAAGUGCUGUUCAUGGAAAUUUAAACCAGCUCAACGACAUGUUGUCCUCCAAAGAUGGGCGAAAGAUUAACAAUGGUGACUGUGCGUUGUUCCAAGCUGGAGAAACACCACCAUUUAUAGCAAAAAUAAACUAUCAGAUUGUCGUCAAGGAUGGUGAUGUGAGAUUGGGAGUCAACUGGCUUUACAGGCCUGGUGAUGUGAAAUUACCUAAGACUGGAGAAGACGAGGAAGAAAAAGUUCCUCUUCCACCAAAUGAAGUAUUUUAUUCAUUUUACAAGGAAGAGAUAUCAGGAUCUUCAUUGCUUCAUCCCUGUAAAGUUGCAUUUCUGGGCAAGAGUGUUGAGCUUCCUUCGGGGGUUUCAUCAUUUGUAUGUAGGAGAGUCUAUGAUAUUACCAGUAAAUGCCUCUGGUGGCUGACCGACAAAGACUUCAUUAAUGAGCAUCAAGAAGAAGUAGAUGAGCUGUUGAACAAAACAAGAAAGGAAAUGCAGGCAAUCAUGCACUCAAGAGGACCGUCCCCUAGAAUUGUGAAUAUUUCUGCACAGAUUAAAGCUGGUUCGGAUACCAUACAAAAUGGUUCAUUAGCAAAGGUAAGGAAAAAGCAGCAUGUGGAACAGAAUCAUGAUUCACUAAAACGGGGCUGUUUUUCAAGGUCAAUUAACAGUGAUUCCAAGCGUCUGAAACAAGAUUGCAAUAUGAGGCUGGCAGAAAUUAUUAAUAUCACUGAGAAGGAUGGAAGUCUAGUGAAUUCUGUAGGUGUUGAGCACCUUGUACAUCUUAUGCAGCAGGAUAGGAAGGAAAAUAUGAAGAAAGGAAGAGAUUUAGUUUUGCAUCGCACAAUGCUUGUAAGAAUGAUUGCUACCACAGACCAAGAGGAUUGCCUUCGUCAAUUUGUCCAUUCAGGAGGCCUAUCCAUUUUGGAUGAGUGGCUUCAAAAAGCCCACAAAGGGAAGUCUGGGGAUGGUGGCAGUCCUAAAGAAGGGGAGAAAGCCCAUGAAGAUCUGCUCUUGGUGUUAUUACAGGCCCUUGGUAGGUUGCCUGUAGACCUUGAGGCUCUCAAAACAUGUCAUGUUGGCAAAUCAGUGAACCACUUGCGCAAUCAUAAGAAUAUGGAUAUCCAUAAAAAGGCUAAGUGUUUAGUUGAUAAAUGGAAGAGACACGUUGAUGAGGAAAUGAAGACUAAUGCUAUAAAGUUUGGAUCAUCACAAGACAUUUCACUGUCAUGUAAGCACGGUCCAGGGGAUGUUGUCCUGAAACAAGGAAUUAAAGGUGCAGAGUCUGAUGAAAUCACUUCAAAAGGCUUGGUAUCAUUUGCACCCAGUUUAAAAGUAGUUUCAAGUAGGCUAGCCCAAGGUGAUGUGGGAAAGGGGACCUCUGUUUCUCCUCACCCUGUCAAGGUGUUAGUGACACCCUCCCCAGCAAAUAGUUUGAAGAAUCCCCACUAUAUAAUGCCAGAUUCUGGAACUACUGAUUUGCUAAUAAAAACAACUGAGGAAGACAAAAGAAGUAAUUCUAACCAGUUAGAGAAUUACCGUCAAAGUUGUCCAAGCAGCCAUGCAAUAGCUUCUGGUUCAGUUUGGAAAGAAGAUGCCCAAAGUUCUGCAGUGGGUUCAAUAGGUGGUAAGGUUUCAAACUUUGCUUCACUACAUGAGAUGCCACGUAAAGGAUUUAUUGGUUUUGUUCAGUCAGGGAACAACAAAGUUUCUUUGGCAAAACCACUGUUAUUGAGCACAAAUACAGCAGACGAGAAAGACACACAUGCAGUAUUUGAAAAAGAAAUAGAUAACACUCUGGAGGAUGGCAGCCAGAGGUUGAUAGUAAGACUUACUAACCUAUUGUGCACUCCUGCACAAUGUUUAAAUCAUGGAUCGAAUGCAGAUAAAAUAACUCCAGUAAAUCAAGGUCCUCCUCUUGAUAAGAAGGGAAGACAUGAGGGGAAGGGACUAACUCAGAUAAAUUUUCAUCUUAACAAUCAUGCUUCAGAGGUUAAUGAUGGGUCCUUGCAGAGCAAUAGAACCAGACUCUUAAGUGCCAAUAACAGUGAGGAUAACAGCUGCAACAGUGAGCAUGGUAUCGAAUUUUUGAAAAUGACUAAAUCAUCUCAAAGUUUAUCAUCGGGACCUGGUGAAAAAGAAGAGCAAAAGGAAAAGGCUGUUAAAGCCAAAAAAUUAAAUUUACAUGAAGCCACUGGUAUUGCAGAUGGUGUUGAAGAUAGCUCAGUCCUUUCUAAAGCAACAUUGGUUAGCAUUGAUAAAUGUGGGAUGAAUUUACUGGCUAGUGUCGUCCCCACCGAAAUAUCAAAAUUUGAAGAUAGUGAUGUGGCUGAUUUGGGAACAAAGCUGAUGACAGGAGACGAUUAUUUUUGGCAACAUACAAAAUCAGAUUGCCAUUCAAAAACCAUAUCAGCUGAGUUUGAUGAUGCAGUUUGUCAAAAUUCUUUGGAUUUGAAGAAAGAUAAUAAUCACUUUGAUUCCAUGGAUGAAUGCCAAAAAGUGGAAUUCAUAUCUCAAGAACAUGGUUCUCUUAAUUCCUCCAAUGGAGCUUUGGACCCUGAAAUCGUUACCGAAGUAGGUGAGGGUGAAAAUGAAUUUACAAAUGAUACAAUCCAAGAAAUUUCUGUUAAAUGCAUGUCAUGGGAACAUGAAAAUGCUACAAGUGAAAUGGAAAAUUGCAUGCUUUCAAUUGAAGGUGUAGAACAAUCUAGAGAACUGCUAUGCCCAGUUGUUGAAAAAUUGAACAUGAAUAGAGGAGGCCUGGGUUUAGUCUGUGCAGAGCAAGGGACCAGGGUUGAAACAGAGGAGCAUAACAUGCACAAAUCAGGGGAAUUUGACAAUCUAGGACGCACAAAACUCAACACGAUGGAUGAUACCUCAGGACUUAAAGUUGAACAAAGCAAAGAACAGGAUACAGAGGAAAAUAAGUUAUUUGAAGAGGAUAAAGAGGAAGAUGAGAAUGGAAAGCUAGGAAUGGUGAGUGAAGGAUAUGAUGCAUGCUCAAGGGUAUCUAGUUGUGAUGUUAGUGAACUGAAAGUUGAUAAAUCGGGAAGUGCUGAAGACAGUUCAUUUCAGUCAAGAUGUCAUGAUCCAAAGGAAGCUGGGAAAGAAGCUGACUAUGAAGAGAAGUCUAUUUGUACUAAACCUUCCAACAAAUAUUGUCAUGAUAUAAUUUCAUUUAACAAGCAACCUAAAAUCAUAGCCAUCCUUGAUGUUAAAGAGCAGUAUUGUUCCCGUGUAGGUGGUAAUAAAGACAAGGAGAAGGAAGAUGCCGAUGAUCAGCAUCUUAAUGUUACCAGAAACCAUACACGUUUAGAUGAAAUUCAAGAAACAAUGACUAUAAAGAGAAAAUACAAUGAAGUAGAGCAAACAUUGGAAUCUGCAGAAAAUCAUACCGUGCAUCAGGAAAGCAAUGAAUCUGGAAUUGUUCACAAGAAAAAUAAUACUAGAGAAGCAGGGUGUGAGACUGCUGUUGAUGUUUGUUAUGAUAAAAUGAAGGAGGACUGUAAGCUUUCAAGUGUCCAUUCCCCUAUUUAUCAGACAGAUCAAUUGAACAAAUCAAAUGUGUCUUCAAAAUGUGUAACACGUCAAGAAGGCCAUGUGCUUACACUAGUGACAAAGAGCACAUGCUCAAGUGAACUGGCUUCUUCUAAACGAGCUAUGGCUACAGAGGUUCCUGCUGCAAAGAAUAAUGGAAACAACUUAAAGGAUAAUGGAAUCAGUGAUACAGCAGAAAGGCCUGAUUUUGACUUGAACAAAAGUAUUGACCUCGAUGGAGCAGCUCAAUAUGAGGUAAUGAAAUUAAUCCCAGAAACUUCUCUAUCAGUUGUGCCCUCUGCUAAUGCUUUUGUUGUUUGUACCGCAUCUACCAGUGGCUUAGCAACACCAAUAGCUGUGGUUGCUGCAACAAAAGGACCUUUUAUCCCUCCCAUCAAUUCAGUAUGCAGCAGAGGAGAAUUAGGUUGGAGAGGAUCUGCAGCCACAAGUCCUUUUCGGCCAGCAGAGUCAAGAAAAACUUCUGAUCAGCAGCAUCUUCUGUCAGACUUAGCGCAUAUAGAUGCUGCUAGUGCAAUUGGAAAUAGGAACAGAGCUCCUUUAGAUAUUGAUCUCAAUGUGGCUGAUGAAGGAACACUGAAAGAGGAAGGAACGCCAACGCUUUCAUAUUCCGAGCAGUGUCUACCUAUGAGAAGUUCUCAACAUAGAGAUAUUACUGGUCAGGUUUUUGUGGCCAUGAAUACAAAUGAGUCACCCACUUCUAAUGGCCUUUCUUGUAGUCUUAUAAAGCCAGAUUCAGACUUGAAUUGCACUGGUGAAAGUCUUGAGAAUGGAAUGAUCAAGAUGACACUUGAAAAAAUUCCUGAAAGUUUCCCAUCUACUUCAAAGCUUGUCACUAAUGGAUUGCCUCAUUCAGUUUCAUGUGUUCUGAGAAAUUUUGACUUGAAUGAUGGACCAUCACUUGAAGACACAGAGGAUCAACUGAUGGCACACAAUUCAAUUGGCAAGGGCACUUCUAGCUCUUGUCCCACAUCUACUUUUGGUAUGAGAAUGAGUGGUGAGGGUUUAAAUUUGUCAUCAUUAUCUCCCAGAAAUGGUGUUCAGGCACUUGCGAUGGCUUCCUAUCCAUCAGCCAGGGCAGAACAUCGAGCUGUUGCCGCGGCUGUAUCUCAUUCUAAUUUUAAUUCAUUAGAUGGUCCUAAUUUUUUUGGCGGUGGGGAUAUAUAUGGAGAGAAGAUACCACUUUCAUCAUAUCCAAGUGUUUCAUUCUCAAACACCACAGCACCUGCAUAUUCAUUUGCUGGAUUUCCUUUUGGAUCGAAUUUUCCUCUUACAUCAGCAUCAUUCUCAGAAAGAUCAUCAUCCUAUCCAAAUUUGGUAGGACUUGGAUGUUCUCCUGCAAUUUCCCCUCAAAUAGUUACUAAAGGGCCACCCUCCUCUUCAUAUGUAAGACCAUACAUGAUGAAUACCGUAGGAGUAUCUGGUGCAGAGAGUUCUGGUGCAUGGUUAAAACAAAAUCUUGAUCUAAACACAGGUCCUGGAACAGGUGGCACAGAUUUGAGAGAAGACAACGUAUUCGGUAGGCAAACUUCCUCCAAUGGUCCAGUUCCAUUGGAACAAGUGGGAACAUUAUGUCAGCUAUCAGCUCCAGGUGCUUCUUCAGAGAGAGAAGAAUCGGGAGAAUGGGGUUUUGGUAAGCCUAAAUGUAAUCAACCAUAGUGGCAAGGUUAUUUGUGUCUUUUUAAGGGAUUGUAUGGAAUUAUUUUUUCAUUUGAUAUCUGUUAAGAUUUUCAAACUCUCUUGAAAAUGAAACUUGCAGUUUAUUGCUA